UAGAUGGCAGCCCUGUUUUAGGCAACCAUAUUUUUUCUGUCUACAAACCAAAACAGAAAUACCUACAUACAUAGUAAUAGUUUAAUAAAUGCGGUUUUGUGAAUUUAUAUUUCCAAUAUUUCAGUUUCUAUUUUUGUGUAAUUAUGAAAUUAAAUGAGAACUGAAAUCAUAUCAGCUGAUAAGAGCAAUACUCAAACAAGUUAUCCACACCACACUUGCAAAUGGAGCAACAGCAACAAAAAAGCGUAGUUCACGUCUCUAAGUUGUUUGUCUGCACGGCUGUUGACUGUAAAGAUGAAAUCGAAGAGAAAUUCGAACGAUCUUAUGCUAGCCUGCAGCAACAAAUUGCUGGGCUCAGUGAUAAGGAAAUGCAUGACAUGCUCACACAGUUUGUCUGUAAAGAGAAACAGCAUGAGGAGAUUUCCAUUGGCUUUCUAUACAUUAUAUUAACUGAUCCGGCAAUGGCUCCGAAAACAUAUCGGGACAUCACACUUGUGUCUAGGGAUGGAAUGAACGUAAUUGUGGCAAAUCUAACACUUUUAGUUGCCGAAAAGUACUCAAAAUUAACGGAGACCGCCAGAAGACAAUUGAUUUGGGUAUUACGUGAAUUUGUCAAGCACCAGGUUCUUAGCGUCGAGAAUGUGAUUUGGAAUUGUUUGCGUCAAGCGGGCGGUGGAGAUGUUUCCCAUAAAAAUCUCUUCCUCGUUGAAAGCCUUUUGGACAUAUUUAUAGAGUACAGGGCGUGGCUGGAAACGAAUCCUUUCCUUGUACAGUCAUCGGUUUACAGUUUUGUACGCCUUAUAGAGGACCAUGCCAAUCCUGCCUUGAUAUCAUUACGUCAAAAGGAAGUUAAGUUUACAAUUUCAUUGAUUCGUGAUCGUUUUCAUGAUAUUAUACCUUUGGGAAGAGAUUUUGUACGGUUAUUACAAAAUGUUGCACGCAUUCCGGAAUUCGAACUAUUAUGGCGAGAUAUAUUAUACAAUCCAAAAACCUUACAUCCGACAUUUAAUGGAAUUUGGCAUUUAUUACAAAUACGUACCAGUCGGAGGUUUUUACAAUGUCGUUUGCUUCCAGAAAUGGAGCGAAAACUCCAUUUUUUAGCAUCGUCUGUAAAAUUUGGAAAUCAAAAACGCUACCAGGAUUGGUUUCAGGACAAAUAUUUUGCAACACCCGAAUCGCACAGUUUGCGGUCGGACUUGAUUCGCUUCAUCAUAAACGUAAUUCAUCCCACAAAUGAUAUGUUAUGUUCCGAUAUUAUCCCGCGUUGGGCCAUAAUUGGCUGGCUUAUCUCAUCGUGUACAAAUCCAAUUGCGUCGGCCAAUGCCAAAUUGUCACUGUUCUACGAUUGGCUGUUUUUUGAUCCGGCCAAAGAUAAUAUCAUGAAUAUCGAGCCCGGCAUUUUGGUGAUGUAUCACUCCAUUCGAAAUCAUCCAUUUGUAAGCAGCACAUUGCUGGAUUUCUUGUGCCGCAUUACAAAGAACUUUUAUAUAAAGAACGAGGAUAAAAUAAGAUUGGGGGUAUAUAAUUCAUUAAAGUUGAUACUAGAUAAACAGGUCAUUCCAAACCUGCAUCCGCUAUUUGAAUCGCCGAAACUUGACAGAGAAUUGCGUAAUCUAAUCCGUGAGAAUUUCAGAGAAUUUGUUUCCCCCGUUGCAAAUAUGCCGCAGUCUAUGUAUCCAGCUACACAUUCUAUUCAGGCGCCCAUCUUUAAAAAAGAAGCGGAUCAGCGAAUGAUGCAAAGUGAGAACAUUGAUGUUGGUGCGGGAGCAUUUGCUGCAAAUAGUGGUACCAUUUCGCUAGUAGAAGACGAUAACAAAAUUGCUAUUACGCCAAUAGAAAGUUUAGAGCGUGAAACUGAAGCUGUAUUUAGUGAUGAAGAUAGUGAAAACCUUGGCAGAUGUACGAAAAAUGAAGAGAAUACCGACGACGACGAUGACUUACCAUUGUCAAAAGUUCGUCUUAAAGAGAAACCAGUGCCCGAAAAAGUAGAGUUGCCUGACGCGAUAUCCGAGUCGUUUGAUAUAUUUGUUGCAAAACGCAACUCUUUCACAUGGGAAGCAUUUUUGAAAGAUUUUCGUACGUUACCUGCCUCGACUUUAGACGAAACACAACUCAAUUAUGUGAUCUCAAAUACGGUUCUGAUUCUCCGUGAAACAUUACCACAACAAAAUGUAUUUUCGGAGAGUAAAACUGAAGAGAAGUGUUUGGCUAAGAGCAUAAGCUAUCCGCUAUACGGCUUGUUUCGAUUUCUGUAUGAGAAUGAAGAUAAGAGCAAAAAACCAUUUCAGACCCUUUUAUCUGAGAUAUGUGAGCGGUUGAAUGAAACAGGAUAUCUUCUUCUAUAUUUUAUGAAGAUUCAUUGCAAGUUGCAGACACGAAAAAAUGCACAACAAUCGUAUCAGUUUAAGACGACAGUUUAUCGACAGAUAUGUGAGGCUAUGGACGAAAAAAUUGCCAUUUGUCUGGUUCGAGACCUCGAUCUUCUUGAAAAGGAAAACACCACAAUAUAUUUGUGGCUACUACCCGAUAUUUACAGAGAGUUUAAAACUAUAGCCAUUAAUAAUACUGACCUUUUGCGUAUCACUCUUCGCUGCGUUGACGCUAAAAAUGUGCGUGAUAUAAUGUAUUCUAUCGCCCAGGGUAAGCUGACAAUAUUCAAGCAAGAUGGUCUGAUCGACUGUAUUCGCGAAAGCCUAGAAUAUGAAACGUACGAACAGUUUUGCCUAUGGCAGCUUAUACAGGCACAUGAUGUACCAUUAAAAUGCAUACAGGACAUACUUCCGGAGCUAGAAGCUGCAAAUCAUCCAGAAGCGUUAAGCCACUUGCUGCUGCUGUUAAAGAACGAAGAGCCAACAAAUGAAAUAAUCAGACUUUUGCUUAGUAGGGAAGCAAAGUCCAGAGGAGAUCCCUUUGUCACAUCUGCCCUUAGAUUUUGGUGUCAGCGUUGCGAAGAAAAACUUUCCGAAAUUAUUGCCUCCCUCCUCACCUCAAAAUACCCUAGUUCAUCGCCGAACAAGCGAAAGCGGCCAUCUAAAGGUAGUUCCGCUGCAAGCAGUACCCCAUCUGCUGACCAUGUAUUAAACCACUUAGAGCAUUACAGAAGAAGUUGUAGGCAUGGCACUGGCACAGGAUUAUAUGUUCACGACAUGAUGCAGCGGGCAUUACAAUCAGCGUACACACAUAGCAAUGAAAGCACAAAGAAACAGUUCAGUGAUCUUUUCGCGUUGGCAGCGGAAGAUGAAACAACUGCCGUUGGCCGACGUGGUGGCAGUGGACGAGGUCGUAAGCAGCCAGUUGGUAAAAAAGACUCAAAUAACCAUAGUGCGGGGAGUAAAAAAAAUGCGGAUGUCGUGAAAGCAAUAUAUUCCUCUGAUGAGUCAUCUAGUGAGGAAGAUUGGUCAAAACAUAAAAUUACACAGGCAGCGAAGAAAAGAAAAAAAGUUAUAAAUGAUUCCGACUGACACUGUCAAAGUCAAUUGCAAUCCUCAGUCUUAAUCGGUUCCUUUGAUGAUGAAAAUUACACAAAAAAUGAAUAUGAGUUUUUG